CGCAUCUGGCAAGCUCGUGCAGCCUUGCGUUAAAGUGUGCGCUCAGAGUGCCAUACGCGCAAACACUCACGCAAUCACUCUGAAUUCUAUUCUAUUCUGUCCUUAGCAGCAUCACUGAGAAUGUCACGCGGAGGAAGAGCAUCGUCUUUGGGCCCAGAAGUGCGUCUGGGUCGCGCAUACAGCCCGGUGCGCUAUAGUGCGGCUUUCAACAGCCGGAGCGGCCCCGGAGGCGCAGUGCAUCCCGGAGAGGAAAAGGAGACCAUGCGCGAUUUAAACGAGCGUCUGGCGGGUUACCUGAGCCAGGUGAGACUCCUGGAGGAAGCCAACAACACCCUGGAGGCGCAGAUUAAGGAGGUUUUAACGGAGAGGCGCGCAGCUGGACAGAGAGACUGGAGCGGAUAUGAGAAAACCCUCUCCACCCUGAAAGGCCAGGUGAAAGAAAUGGCGAUGGAUAACGCUUGCCUCCUCCUACGGAUCGAUAAUGCCAAGCUGGCUAUUGAUGACUUUAAAGUCAAGUUUGAGACAGAGCUUGCUAUUCGCCAGACAGUUGAACAAGACAUUACACGCCUCCGAAAGCUAAUCGACGAGACACACAUAAGCCGCAUGCAGCUGGAGAGUGAAAUCGAGGCUCUGAUGGAGGAGCUGAUGUACCUGAAAAAGACUCAUGAAGAGGAUGUUGCGAAUGUGAAAGGUCAGAUCAGAGACUCUAAUGUGGAUGUGCAGCUGGAGGCGGCGAAGAGCCAAGACCUCAGUGAGACCAUCAAAAAUAUCCGCCAACAAUAUGAAAAAACAGCACAGAAGAACCAGGAGGAAACUGAGGCCUGGUACCAAGCCAAGUUUGAAACCAUGGCAGUGGAAGUGAGCAGGAACACUGAUGCUCUCCAGCAGGGACAGAGCAAGCUGAACGACCUGCGCAGACAGAAACAAGGCCUGGAGAUCGAGCUUCAGACCAUGUACCACAUGAACCAGUCUCUGGAGGACACACUGAAUGACUCACUGGAGCGUUACUCCCAAGAUGUAAACGGUCACAACAUGGUUAUCCAGCAGCUGGAGGCGGAGCUUGCGGAUGUCCUCGCCCAGGUGAAGAAGCAGGGGGCGGAGUAUCAGGCUCUGCUUAACAUCAAGAGUAAACUGGAGGAAGAGAUCGCCACCUAUCACAGCCUUCUGGAAGGCACUGGGCUGCCCUCCAACGGGAUCGGCAAUUCUGGAUUACCUGAAAAUCGUGAUUCCAGUGGCGUGGGAGCACGUGACAAUAUCAAUAUCAAAAAUAUUGGCCCACCAGAAGAUGUUAAGGUCAACGAUAAUGGUGCAUUUGAGGGUGCUAAUACUGGAGGCAAUGAUCUGGGUGGAGAUGAUGAAAGUGUGGAGUUUUCAUUAGAGCAGGCUCUGUGUGCUGGGCCCCGUUCCCUGAUUCCUGACCCUACACCCAAUAGCGAGAAUGCGAAAGAAGAGAUGAUUACUCAGAAGGACCUGGAGCUGAAUGCUGCCAACAAUGCCAAGAAUAAGCAGUACAAUCAAGAAGAUGGACGAGUAAUGGAAGAUCAAAUCAUCCAAAAGGAAAUAGAAGAGGAGACUGUGAACUCGGUGGGUGAAAUUCAAGUGCAGGAGGAAGAGGCAGCGAGUCCUGUGGUGGACGCUCAGGCAGCCAGUCCUGUGGUGGACGCUCAAGCUGCGGAGGCAGCCAGUCCUGUGGUGGACGCUCAGGCCGAGGAGGCAGCCAGUCCUGUGGUGGACGCUCAGGCCGCGGAGGCAGCCAGUCCUGUGGUGGACGCUCAGGCCGCGGAGGCAGCCAGUCCUGUGGUGGACGCUCAGGCCGAGGAGGCAGCCAGUCCUGUGGUGGACGCUCAGGCCGAGGAGGCAGCCAGUCCUGUGGUGGACGCUCAGGCCGAGGAGGCAGCCAGUCCUGUGGUGGACGUUCAGGCCGCGGAGGCCGCCAGUCCUGUGGUGGCCGCAGAGGCAGCCAGUCCUGUGGUGGACGCUCAGGCCGAGGAGGCAGUCAGUCCCGUGGUGGACGCUCAGGCCGCGGAGGCAGCCAGUCCCGUGGUGGACGCUCAGGCCGCGGAGGCAGCCAGUCCCGUGGUGGACGCUCAGGCCGCGGAGGCAGCCAGUCCCGUGGUGGACGCUCAGGCCGAGGCGGCAGCGAGUCCCGUGGUGGACGCUCAGGCCGAGGAGGCAGCGAGUCCCGUGGUGGACGCUCAGGCCGAGGAGGCCGCCAGUCCUGUGGUGGACGCUCAGGCCGCGGAGGAUGUAGAGUUAAACCCCAAUUUGGAGAAUAUUAAUCCAGAGAAGGAGAAACAGGAAGGGGAGAAGCCUGAGAACCCAGAGGUGGAGCCUUUACAGAACGUGGAAGAGUGAUGUUUCCACUGCAGUUUUGCAUUACAUCCUCUGUGGAGUCAGUGAUCAGUUUUAAAUUACUGGUCUUAAUCUCUUUUUUGCUGUAUUUCUCUGUCUCUAAAGUUUGCAUGUCUGCCUGUAGUUUCUCUGUUCAACAAUAAAACAAGUGACUUAUGAAA